AUGACGGUCUUUGCUGUGUUUCACGUUUGUUAUUUAGCUCACAACAACGAAACUUGCAUGUUUUCACCUGGUAUGAUGGAUGGUGUUGCCUCCGAACAGCUUUAUCAGCAGCAGCCCUAUGUGAUAAGUGUCACAGAGGAUUCCGUCACGAAUUCUUCUCCUGCAUUGUCGGCCUCAAAUAAUCCUCUCAAAAAUGUGAUGAAUGAUACUGGUGCGAGCAACAACAGCUCUCCGGUACUGCAGCGUCCAAGCACUAAUGGCCACCAUAACACUGCUGUCUCCUCCUACAACAUUCCUGAGCAACAACUUCCUGUAAACAUAGAUCGAACCCAACUGCAACAUGAACGUGAUGCUGCGGUGGCAGCUUAUGAGCAAGUAUCCGCGCAACUUGAACAACUGCGUAUGCAUUACGCCCAGUUACACGCAGCUUACUCCAGCAUGAGCAACAGUGCAGUCCAUUCCGAUGCCGAUAAGCAAAUUCAGCAACUUCAAUCGGCGCUUGCAGUGCUUGUUGAGGAAAAAACUUCGGUGCAGUCUGAAUUGCGUAAUGUAAAAAGUGAUCUGGAGCAGGAAAAAAUUUUGAAUGAAAGUCUUUCCGCAAAUAUGAAGUCUCUUCGCGGUGACGAGUCGAAAAAACUGCAGAACCGUUUGGUGGAGUGUGAGCAUCUUCUGUCUGCCCGCAGCGUAGAACUCGAUGGUCUCAGAAGGAGUGAAGCCAAUGCCCAAGCACAACUUCUGGCUGUCCAGCAUGAAAGGAGUGAGGCGCAGGCUCGUCUCAAAGUCAUUGCCCGCGAGAAAGAAGUGUUGGACUCGGAGCUGAAACAAGUGAGGAAGGAACUCCAUAUGAAGGAAAUUUAUUCUGAAGCAACUGGGCCCGCAUGGAAUAAUGAACAACAUGAGCGACGAGAACACCAUCAAAGCCCUACAUG